AACAGAAGCUCCAUUACAUCCUCACCUAGCUGAAAUGCACAGUGACAGCAUCAUCCUACGAGAUGACUUUGACUCUUACCAUCAGCAAGAAUUGAAUCCUAGCAUGUGGUCUGAAUGCAGCAAUUGUGAGAUUGGAGAGCAGUGUGGUGUGAUUAUGCACGGCAGUGCCAUCACUUUCUGUGAGCCAUAUGGUCCCCGAGAGCUGACCACCAAUGGCCUUAACACAACCACUGCAUCCGUCCUUCAGUUUUCCCUUGGAUCAGGUUCAUGCCGCUUUAGUUACUCAGAUCCCAGCAUCACAGUGUCCUACAGCAAGAACAGCUCUGCAGAUUGGACUCAGCUGGAGAAAAUUAGCGCUCCUUCCAAUGUCAGCACAAUCAUACACAUCUUGUACCUUCCUGAGGAUGCUAAAGGGGAGAAUGUCCAUUUUCAGUGGAAACAGGAUUAUCUUCAUGCUGGAGAAGUGUAUGAAGCCUGUUGGGCAUUGGACAACAUCCUGAUCAUCAACGCUGCUCACAGAAAAGUUGUGUUAGAAGAUAAUCUUGAUCCUGUGGAUACUGGCAACUGGCUUUUCUUUCCUGGAGCCACAGUGAAGCACAGCUGCCAAUCAGAUGGAAACUCCAUCUAUUUCCAUGGGACAGAAGGCAGUGAGUUCAAUUUUGCCACAACUCGGGAUGUGGACCUUUCUACAGAGGACGCCCAGGAGCAGUGGGCAGAAGAAUUUGAGAGCCAGCCCAAAGGGUGGGACAUACUAGGUGCUGUCAUUGGUACUGAGUGUGGGACGUUGGAGUCCGGCUCGUCUAUGGUAUUUCUCAGAGAUGGGGAAAGAAAAAUAUGCACUCCGUAUAUGGACACUACUGGAUAUGGGAACUUACGAUUUUAUUUCAGCAUGGGGGGCACCUGUGAUUCCGGAGAAUCCCAUGAAAAUGAUGUCAUCUUUUAUGCCAAGAUUGAAGGCAGGAGGGAACACCUAGCUCUUGAUACUCUGACCUACGCUGCAUACAAGGUUCCAUCUUUGGUUUCUGUUGUCAUUAGUCCGGACCUGCAGACUCCUGCAACCAAGUUUUGCUUGAAACAGAAGAGUCACCAAGGCCACAACAGGAAUGUCUGGGCCGUGGAUUACUUCCAUGUCCUUCCAGUGCUCCCUUCCACGGUGACUCACAUGAUCCAGUUUUCCAUCAAUUUGGGUUGUGGAACAUAUCAACCUGGUAACAGUGUCAGCUUGGAAUUUUCAACCAACCAUGGCCGCUCCUGGUCCCUGCUCCACACCGAGUGUUUGCCUGAGAUAUGUGCUGGGCCCCAUCUUCCCCACAGCACCGUCUACGCCUCUGAAAACUACAGCGGGUGGAACCGAAUAACUACUCCUCUUCCCAAUGCAGCAUUAACAAGUGACACCAGGAUUCGCUGGAGGCAAACAGGACCGAUCCACGGAAAUAUGUGGGCAAUCGAUAACAUUUAUAUUGGUCCAUCUUGCCUCAAAUUCUGCUCAGGCCGAGGACAGUGUACUAGAAAUGGCUGCAAAUGUGACCCUGGCUUUUCAGGGCCUGCAUGUGAGACAGCGUCGCAGACCUUCCCAAUGUUCAUCUCAGAGAGCUUUGCCAGCUCCCGCCUCUCUUCCUAUCACAACUUCUACUCCAUCCGUGGAGCCGAGGUCAGCUUUGGCUGUGGGGUUCUGGCCAGUGGCAAGGCCCUGGUGUUCACCAAGGAUGGGAGACGGCAGCUCAUCACUGCCUUCCUUGACAGUUCCCAGUCCAGGUUCCUGCAGUUCACAUUACGCCUGGGAAGCAAGUCUGUGCUGAGCACCUGCAAAGCUCCUGAUCAGCCUGGGGAAGGAGUGCUGCUGCACUACUCCUAUGACAAUGGCAUUACAUGGAAACUCCUGGAACACUACUCAUAUCUGAACUACCAUGAGCCAAGAAUAAUUUCAGUGGAGCUGCCAGAAGAUGCGAGACAGAUUGGCAUUCAGUUCAGAUGGUGGCAACCAUAUCACUCUUCUCAGGGUGAAGAUGUGUGGGCAAUCGAUGAAAUUGUUAUGACCUCUGUGCUUUUCAAUAGCAUUAGCCUGGACUUCACCAACCUAGUUGAGGUCACACAGUCUCUGGGAUUCUACCUGGGAAAUGUUCAGCCUUACUGUGGCCACGACUGGACUCUUUGUUUUACAGGAGAUUCAAAGUUAACUUCUAGCAUGCGCUAUGUGGAGACCCAGUCUAUGCAGAUUGGAGCUUCAUAUAUGAUACAGUUCAACCUGGUAAUGGGCUGUGGCCAGAAGUUUACUCCUCAUAUGGACAACCAGGUGAAACUGGAGUACUCCACCAAUCACGGCCUCACGUGGCAUCUUGUUCAGGAGGAAUGUCUUCCAAGUAUGCCGAGCUGCCAGGAGUUCACCUCAGCAAGUAUUUACCACUCCAGCGAAUUUACUCAGUGGAGGAGAAUCACUGUCCUUUUACCACAGAAGACUUGGUCCAGUGCCACACGUUUCCGCUGGAGUCAGUGUUACUACACAGCACCGGAUGAAUGGGCCUUAGACAACAUCUACAUUGGACAGCAGUGUCCCAACAUGUGCAGUGGACAUGGCUGGUGCGACCAUGGCGUUUGCAGGUGUGACUCAGGGUUUCGGGGUACAGAGUGUCAGCCUGAAAAUCCCCUUCCUUCAACUGUCAUGUCUGAUUUUGAAAACCCAGAUGUCCUGAAGACAGAGUGGCAAGAAGUUAUUGGAGGAGAGAUUGUAAAGCCUGAAGAAGGCUGUGGGGUCAUCUCAUCUGGCUCUUCACUAUACUUCAACAAGGCUGGAAAAAGACAGCUGGUAAGCUGGGAUUUGGACACUACCUGGGUGGAUUUUGUUCAGUUUUACAUCCAGAUUGGAGGAGAAAGUUCUUCAUGCAAUAGACCAGACAGCAGAGAAGAAGGUGUGCUGCUGCAGUACAGCAAUAAUGGUGGUAUCAACUGGCAGCUGCUAGCGGAAAUGUAUUUCUCUGAUUUCAGCAAACCCAGGUUUGUCUAUCUGGAGCUGCCAGCUGCAGCCAAGACUCCUUGCACCAGGUUUCGGUGGUGGCAGCCUGUGUUUUCAGGAGAAGGGUACGAUCAGUGGGCUAUCGAUGACAUCAUCAUUUUGUCAGAGAAGCAGAAGCACAUAAUUCCUGUUGUUAAUCCCACAUUACCACAGAACUUUUAUGAAAAGCCAGCAUUCGAUUACCCUAUGAACCAGCUGAGUGUGUGGUUAAUACUGGCCAAUGAAGGCAUGACCAAAAAUGAAAGUUUCUGCUCUGCCACCCCCUCUGCCAUGCUCUUUGGUAAAUCAGACGGAGACCGAUUUGCAGUGACUAGAGAUUUAACACUGAAGCCUGGAUAUGUCCUUCAGUUCAAGCUGAAUAUUGGCUGCACUAACCAGUACAGCAGCUCUGCUCCCGUUCUGCUUCAGUACUCACAUGAUGCUGGGCUCUUUUGGUCACUUGUGAGGGAAGGCUGCUAUCCUGCAUCUCCAGGAACCAAAGGAUGUGAGGGAAGCUCCCGCGAGCUGAGCGAGCCAACUGUGUAUCACACAGGGGAUUUUGAGGACUGGACAAGGAUCACUAUUGUUAUCCCAAGGUCGCUUGCAGCCAGUAAGACUCGAUUCCGCUGGAUCCAAGAGAGCAGCUCCCACAAGAGUGUGCCUCCCUUUGGUUUAGAUGGUGUUUACAUUUCUGAGCCUUGCCCCAAUUACUGCAAUGGUCAUGGGGACUGUGUCUCGGGAGUCUGUUUUUGUGACUUGGGCUACACAGCAUCACAUGGAACCUGUGUAUCUAAUGUGCCUAACCACAGUGAGAUGUUCGACAGGUUUGAGAGGAAGCUAAGCCCUCUCUGGUACAAGAUAACAGGAGGUCAGGUUGGAACAGGCUGUGGUGUGCUCAGUGAUGGAAAAUCUCUGUACUUCAAUGGACCUGGCAAAAGGGAGGCGAGAACUGUUCCUCUGGACACCACAAAUAUCAGGUCAGUCAUCAGUGCCGCCUCUCUUCCUUGUAUAUCCCUGCUAUUAUAAGCAUGGGCAAGAAGA